GUUGACGAGUCUGGUUUUCCUAAUAAUUUGCUCUCCAAAACUCGGGGAAGAGAAACGUCAAAUACCCUAGAGAGUUGCCAUGUCCGAGGAGCACGAAAUGUGCAGUUACGUUUCCUACGAUGCCGAUGAUAGGUCCCAAAUUUCACCCGCCGACAACGCCCUCCCGGCCCGCUACCGCACGCGCCAGACUCCGCGGGGCGGAAAGCGACGCAAGACAACUCUCGCAAAGAGGCAGCAGUCUCUGGUGAAGCUGGAGAAACAGCUCUCCCGGGAAUUUUCCAGCGAUGAAGAGACGUCGAAAAGUCCUCCGCCGGGCGACGGCGAGGAAAGGUACAAAAUUCCGAGCGACGACUCCGGUUCGUCAGUGGAUGAAGACUAUGAGGUCGACUCUAUCGCCUCCUCGAUCGAAGAAACGUUAACUUGGCGGGGGCGCAUGCAAGUGGCCCUGCACUCCACCGGGUUCCACGGCCUCAUUGUUGCACUGGUCAUCGCCGAUGCUCUCAUUGUCAUAUUCGAGCUGCUACUGGACGUUGGAGCGUUUGGGAAUCUGCAGUGCGAGGGAGAGACACUGUUUGAACAGAAAGAGAGGUGCCACUAUGAGGACCCCGAACGCUGCAGGCCCACGGCCAAGCUGAUCCUGGAGCAGCUAAACAUCUCCACCUCUCCGGGGAGGGGUGUGGGAGAAGAUGGUCUCUGCACUUGCAAGUUCAGACGUGGCUUGCGAGUUUGUGCUGAUAAGGAUGGUGAUGUAGGGGUAAAUCCAGCUGUAGUCCUCCACGUAACAAGUAUCAUCAUUCUCACACUCUUUGUUUUUGAGAUCAUUCUGAAGCUGAUAGCUUUCCGCCUGAAGUAUUUCACACACAAGUUCGAAGUGUUUGAUGGGACCAUUGUGUUUCUGUCCUAUCUCUUGGACUUGGCAUCUCUAGCAGAGGAAGAGGCGUUUGAAGCAGCUUCACUUGUGAUCAUCCUUCGAUUGUGGAGGGUAGUCCGGAUUGUCAAUGGUACUGUGCUCUCUGCCAAGUCACGUUCAGACCAGCAGCUCUCAGAAGCACGGCUCAAGGUCAGGAAAAUCGUACAUGCCUUCCACAAGGCUCAGGACAAGAUGGAUGCAUUGGAGGAACAGAACAGGUUGCUGAAGAAGGAAGUUGCUCGAGCGAAAGGAGUCCGUGUACCCAGAGGACACUUUGGUAUACAGGCACAGGCAGCGAUAGAUAAAACGAAUGAGCAGGCUGCUGACACUCGGGAGACAAGUACAGUCCCAGAGGAAAUGAAUUCCGGUGAGCAGAAGCCGAUUUCCAUGCCUGAGAUUGUCGUAACAGAAGCUGGUGGACGAAACGGCACUGAUAUGUAGUGCCAGACAUAUAAACUUAGUUAGCUAGCGACACUGUUAUUUUAGGUGAGUGUUUACUGUGACCGUGUAUUGCAUUGAAGCACUUGAAUUUCGCGCCAAACUACCGCGGAAACACACUAGCACACGCCCCCCACGUCCUUUCGGGAAGGAAGGGCCCUAGAUGAAGUCAGUUUCAGUCGGUAGUUCAAGACCCGCAGUAAGUAAUCCAUUGCGUACGAGAGUGUCCAGCGACAUGGCGAGUGUUCCCAGUGAAGAACAUUCCCCGACUUCAAGCUACAACGCCUACCCGGGCGACGCGGAGCACCCUCCUGCUUACCCGGGGCGCGACGUGGAGGCCGGCGUGGGACCGUCAGGUGCAGCUGCUCCACACGGGGGUGCUGGCGGAGAAGAACAGAGGAGUACCAAUGGAGAGCUCCACCGCCGUCUCUCCAUGGGUAGCACUGCCUCCACUGAGUCCAGUGUCAACGAAAACCUCGAAGUUGCCUCUGUCACCUCCUCCAUCGAAGACAGACUCACGUAUGCAACAAUCAACCCCGCCUAGUACCAUAUGUGCUACGUCGAUUGUAGCCCAUUUUGCUUAUUUCAAAGACACUGCCAUAGUAGUCUGGUAGUGCAAUAGUCACAAUGCUCAUAUUCGUGAAGAUGUGUGGUUGCUUGCAACGAUAGAUUAAAUAGCAUCUUCUGGUGGCGAGGUCGUAUGCAGGUCACGCUCCACAGCCAUGCAUUUCACUCUGUCAUCAUUGUUCUGGUGGUGUUGGACGCUCUCAUUGUCCUGUUUGAACUGCUUCUGGAUCUCGGAGCAUUCAGUAACAUUGAGUGUGAAGGGGAGGGGAUCGUGGAACAGGCGGAGUUCUGCCACUACUCCAAUCGUUUCAGGGAAAAGUGUGCCCCCCCGGCCAUACUGAUUCUGGAGAACAUCAACAUCUCGGCUUCCCCUGACCUCCCAGACGGGCGGCCUGGAGUCGGAGAGAGCGCACUGUGUGACUGUGACUUUAGUCGUGGUCGGAGAACAUGCUUGCUUGAGGGUGAAUCCCACGGAGUCAAUCCAGCUCUGGUUCUCCACGGCAUCAGUCUGUUCAUCCUCUCCGUCUUCAUGAUUGAGAUUGGCCUGAAGCUGAUAGCCUUUAGAAUGAAGUACUUCCUUCCCUCCAUUCACCACAUCCACGGUCACAAGUUGUACUUCAUCUCCUUCGAGACGUUUGACGGAUUGGUGGUCGUAAUUUCCUGGAUCCUUGACAUUGCCUCCCUGAAAGAGGAAGAAGCGUUUGAACUGUUUGAUUUGGUCAUCAUCCUCCGACUCUGGCGUAUUGUGAGAGUCGUCAACGGUAAGGAGAAAGAAGAUAUCACGAACAUUUUUAGCUGGCCAAUUAGGGGCCCUAUGUGGUCUGGAGGGUGGGUGUGUGUUAUUGGGGAAAGAAGAAAGAGAGGUAAAGUGUAGGCAGGACUAUAGGUGAUUUCUUUGCUAGAUGUAAGGCUAUUAUGAAAAUGCUUUUGCACUUGCGACUGAUUGUAUAGUGGUCUACCAAGUAACCAAGGUUGUGGUUCUUUGGUAGCAAGUAAGUCUGCCCUCCCAAUUGGCAGCCUUUCUCUGCAUCCAUCCCAUAUAGCAUGGUCUUUUAAUGCAGUUCUUUGCUAUAAGUCUGCACAUGAGUCCUAACCACAUUUUCUUAAAACUUCGUGGCUUUUGAAUGCCAAUGAACAACGAAACCUUUUUGGCCCUCA